AACAAGAGCCAAAUCGGGCAGGUCGAUGAGAUUCUCGGACCCAUCAAUGAGUUCUACUUCUCUGUGAAGAUGCAAGAGGGAGUGGUCGCUAAGAGCUUCAAGAAGGGUCAAAAGGUUUACAUCGACGGCAACCAGACUCUUCCCUUGGAACGGUUCCUCCCUGUGAAGAAGAGUAUCGGCCCUAAGAAGCACGCCGCUGGUGGCAAGGGUAAGGGCGGCAAGGGUAAAGGAGGCAAGGGUAAAGGAGGAAAGGGCAAGGGCUUCGGCAAGGGUAAGGGCUCUGGUAAGGGCAAGGGACAUUCCGGCAAGGGCAAGGGUAAGGGAAGAUGGUAAAGAAUGGUACUCCAUAGUGGCCAUAUGACGACUUAAGAUUAGUAGUACUCCUUUUCCUACGCUACUGAAUCGCCUUACCAACGUC